UUAAAAAAAAACAACGAUAAUGAAAAAAAAACUGACUUUCAUCGUAGGUGUAUGGACUACAUACUUAACAUCGUUCACCUUCUAGAAAGAAGAGCCGAACAAACAGCGACCUAACGGUGUUAUCUCUUCACCGACGAACGGUGCCCCACCAUCCGGCCAUGUUUAUAUAUGGCGGCUCUUUCGCGAAAAGUUUGUUAGUCGACGAGCGAAACAUUAUUUGAAGCGGUUAUUGAAAUCAUUUUUUUUUCUAAACAAACUUUCGGUCAAAAUGCUAAUUCGUGCAUUAUUCGUUUUGAGUGGGUUAUUUUUCGUACGAGCAGUGAAAUCUGAUAUAUACGGAGAUCUCAGUCUUUUCCACGAAUUACAACAAGAACCGUAUCGAGUGAACUGGGAUUGGGGUAAUCCUUUGGUUAAUAACAGACGAGCGGUCGAAGAUGAUAUAUCUCUAGAAGACGACGAUUCCGAUAGAGAACCCCUGGGGAAAAAUUAUAGAGAUCCUCCGGCUGCUAGUUCCGAACAAAAACCAGUUGUAGUAUCAAAACCCGAAUCGGAUGUUAAAGCCGAAUCCGAUAAAUCAGAUGAUACCCAAAAACCUAUUUCGCCUUUCCAAGGUUUUCUGCCCGAUGGAAUUGUGGAUGUGAAAGCGGGUGGAUUCGGUGGUCCGCUCAAUCCGUUCAAUCCGGAUUUCGAUUUUUCCUCAACGUUUGGUAUCAAUUCCAAGCCUUUCGGAUUUGGAGAUUUGUUCAAUUCAUUCCAGAGUAAUCAGUGGUGGAAGGGAAAAAACGUUUGUAUUGAGCGAGAAGAAAGCACCGACGACGACGACGACGACGAAAGCGACGAAGAUGAAAAUAACGAUGAAGCACAAAAAAAUAAUACCACUAAAGCACCGAAAUCUCUUCCAGAUUUGUUCUCGACAUCUAUCAGCUUAUCGAAUUGCUACGAAACUGCCAACAAAUACGAAUGCAUUACCAAAAUAAACAACCACGGAGUAUUUAAAACGUUCACUGUACGUUACAAAUGUUGCUACGGAUACACUCGCAAGAACGGCGGUAGUUGUGACCAAAAAACUGAUCUCAAACCCAUUUUGGACACUUUGACCGACAUCAAAACCAACGAAUUUAAAAAUUUGAUUGCGACAUCAAAUCUGGAAGAAAAAUUCACCGAUGGUAAUUUCUCUAUUUUCGUUCCUACCGACGCUGCUAUUAGUGAAUACAACGAAAAAAUAACCGAAAUGAAUAACGUAAGACGACGAAGAGGUAUAGGGCAGCAUCUUUCCACUGGGGAUCUGGUUCUAAGUCACACCGUCAGCGGUUUCGUUGAUUUAAGUGAUUUACCCAACGAUAAAAUCAUUUUGAGCGAAAACUCGAAUAGCACUAUCAGAAUCAAUAUUUACCCUACCAAUACAAGAGAAAAACUACUAACGGCUAAUUGCGCACGCGUGAAAACACCAAACGUGUUAGCUAGCAACGGUAUACUACAUGUUACAGAAGGUGUCGUUCUUCCUGCAACUCAAGACGUCGAAACAAUCAUAAAUACUCAUCCUCGUUUGACCAAUUUUAAACAAGCAAUCUCCAAUAGCGAUAUUCCGAGCCAUAUGAAACCAACAGGACAUUAUACAGUGUUUGCACCAACGGAUGAAGCGUUCAGCAAAUUGGACGAAGUUCAAAAACAAAAGAUACUCAGUGGAGCAGGAUGCGCCAGUAGUAUUCUGAAGUAUCAUUUCACGUCUCACACUGUAUGUUCUCCGGCGAUAAUUGGAAAUGCGACGACGCAUAACGUCGAAGGUGACCUUUUGAAUUUGGAAAGGACCAUCGACGACGAACUUAUUUUUGAAAAAAAAUCGAAAAUUAUCGAUACUGAUAUUAUGGCGACUAAUGGGGUGAUUCAUUUGAUUGAUACCAUCAUAAUACCUGAUUCAGGUCUUCACGUCGGUAACGUUCUCAAACACCAAAACUAUUCCAAAUUUCAAGAACUCAUCGAAAAAUCCGAAUUACAAGAACAAAUUAAUGGCCUCCAAAACGCCACCGUAUUCGUUCCAAACAAUCAAGCUUUCGAAAGUCCGGAAGGACAAAAAUUAUUAAGUAAAAUUGAAAACGACAAAGUAGCGAUGCAAGAAAUCGUCAGGUAUCACGCCAUACAGGGUCAAUUGCAAUCCGCUGACAUGAACAACAAUGAAAAAUUGGUUACCUUCGAUAAUGGUAAAGAGCUACGACUUAAUUUGUACUCAACGUUACCUCUAUUGAAUCGUAUCGUUAAUCGGGCAACAGUCAACUGCGCUAGGUUAAUAGGUUUCGACGAAAAAGCGUGCGGCUCCACUAUACACGAAGUUAACAAAAUAUUGGUGCCGCCGAGUCAAAAUCUUCUAGAAGUUAUCGAAAGCGAUCCGAAGUACUCGACAUUCCGAACACUUUUAAAUGACACACAAUUAGAGAAAACUUUACGUGAAAAUAAUCAAUCUUUGACUCUAUUGGCUCCCACAGAUGAAAGUUUCGCCGCUUUAGAAGAUAAAGAUAGAGAAACUCUAAUGAAAGAUAAAAAGAAAGCGGAAUAUUUAUUAAAGCAUCACGUUUUGACAGAGGUUUUGUGCUGUUCAGGUGUCGGUCCACAUUCUUGGGGAUUUAGCAGUUUCGUAUCUACCCUGGCGAAUACACAAGUAGAAGUUGGUCGUAGUGGCAGUAGAAUAAGAAUUAAUAGAGCCGUGGUAACCGGUUGUGAUAAUUUAGCAACCAACGGUGUCGUACAUACCAUUAAUAAAGUGUUGUUACCUAGACAACCCCAAGUAUCAUCCAUUGGAGGAUUUUUCUUGUUCGACCUCUAAGUUUUUAAUUCAAAAUAUUGUUAUUUAUACAUUUGACUGAAAAUUAUGUACUUUGUGCUUUUAAAACCAGUUAAACAUUUUGAUUAGUUAGUAUGUUUCAUUUAAAUGGUGUGCUAUCCGUAGUAGUAGUUGAAAAUAAUUUAUUUGCUUAUAUUUUAUUAUUAUUGUAAUAUUAUGAAUAUAUUUAAUAAAAAAUAUUUGGAACGUA